AAUAAUAAUGUGAAAAGUAAUCGAAGCGGUAACAAUAUGCAGGGGCAUGGAACGUGCAUUGAAUUGCAGUCGGGUGGACCAAAUCGAUACAUCCAAUAAAAUUCCAGUGCUUGCGCGAUGCUUAACCUGAAAUAUGCGGCAUUAAGUGCAUCUGUGCAUGGAAGCGGGAAUACUUUUAACGGCCCACCAACCGCAUCAUACUUAAUUCGAAUAUGUACGAGUAUGUGCCGAGAUGAUGAUCAUCAUCAUGAUGAUGAUACUUACUAUAUAAUGGUCAUGAUGAUGCUGAACCGCAGUUUACGUGGCGUUAAGCACUAAGUAAACAAACGCCUGGAGGAAUGCAGUCCAAAAUGUUUGCCAAAUGAGUUGGCGAGGUGGUGAACUGGGCAUAAAUUAAACGAACAAAUUGCAGGGCAUCCAGAGGUGCAUCCGUAAUUUGCGCUUUUUAAUUUAUACCAAGAACUGGUUUCCAUAUAUGUGUCAAUUGUUAGAACCGGUAGGUAUCCCGAUCUGAAUUUCGGCAACAAACUUCUGAGCAUUGUCUUAAUUGUCGGCGACUUAUAAAAGACGAUGACAGCGCUGACAAACUCAAUUCGAGUUCAACCUCCUUGCCUUCAACAACGAGAUCAGCUCAGCUUCGCUCAUCUUCUCAAGCCAGCAAUCGGAAAUCUCAGAUCAACAAUCAACAUGCUUAAGCUGCUCUUACUAUUCGCUCUGAUCGCCUACACUCUGGCCGCACCCCCCAAAGUAAUCAUCGGCAGUGUGCAACAUCAACAUCAGCAUCAGCAGCAGCAUCAGCCGCAGGAACAACAGGUCGUACAAUCGCCGGUGCUUAUCCUAGAAUCGGGUCAUGAGAAGAACGAGGAUGGCUCCUACAGCUUCCACUUCCGUGGUGAGGAUGGCUCCUUCCGUGAGGAGAGCGCUGUGGUCCGCAACCAGGGCCAGAAGGAUCAGCACUUGGAGGUGAACGGCUCGUAUUCGUAUUUCGAUGCCAAUGGCAAGGAGGUCGUUGUCCACUACAAGGCCGAUGAUCAUGGCUUUGUGCCCGAAGGUGGCAAUAUUCCCGAUGAGAUUGCCGUGGCCGCCAAGCGCGUUAGCGAGCUGGGACCCGAGCAGCCGCCAAUGACGCACAACACGCUCAAAACUGAUAAUGUUGCCUAA